GUAUAGGAAAAGAAACCCCUAAAUCCAACGAAACCACGCGGACAAAAGCCUUCUUCUCUUUGACCCAUAUCGUCGUUUCACAGCCGAGAUUUGAUCCAACGAAAACGCGUCUUCAUCUUCCUCUUCCUCUUCCUCUUCGUCCUUCGAUUUGGCUGAAGUUGGAUUUUGAUAGCAGCUUUGUCUUUUUUUACUACAACCAAAUAUGGAUGACUGGGAGGAUGAACAAAUAGCACCACUUCCAGCAAAAGUUGUGCUUAAAAGUAACUGGGAUGAUGAAGAUGUAGAUGAGAAUGAUAUUAAGGACUCAUGGGAGGAUGACGACGACCAACCUGCUCCGGUAAAGCCUGCUCCUCCGAAGAAAGCAGCAAAAGCUGUUGAGAAAAAGGGCAAAGCAGCUGAAGUUGCUAAAGAAGAACCUUUAGAUCCUCUCUCUGAGAAACUCCGCAUGCAGAGGCUUGUUGAAGAAGCGGACUACAGGGCAACUGCUGAACUCUUUGGAACCAAGGGUGAAGAGAAAAAACUUGACGCCUUCAUCCCCAAGUCUGAAAGUGAUUUUCUGGAGUAUGCUGAAAUGAUUUCUCAUAGGCUUAGACCUUAUGAGAAAAGUUAUCACUAUAUCGCAUUGCUCAAAGCAGUCAUGAGACUUUCGGUGACCAACAUGAAGGCAGCAGAUGUUAAAGAUGUUGCUUCCUCCGUUACAGCAAUAGCAAAUGAAAAGCUUAAGGCUGAGAAAGAAGCUGCUGCUGGUAGAAAGAAGACAGGUGGCAAGAAGAAACAACUUAUUGUAGAUAAGGCCGAUGACGAUCUAGUAGCUGGUCCUUAUGAUGCCAUGGACGAUUUUGACUUCAUGUAGAUUAUAAGAGCUUUGUGAGGGAAUGCAGCUUCUAUUUUCUGGCAUCUAUGUGGAAGAAGAGCAAAAGUUUCUUAAUUACUGGGAUAUAUAGUUGGAAAAAGAAAGCUUGCUUUAUGGGUUUUGGUCUUGGGGCAUUAGUCAUGUUUUGUUUUGUUUUUAUGUUGGUAUACAAAUGUCUUAUCUGUGGUCAUGGUUCUCUUUAUCUACUAUUUAACUGAAACAUGGGAAAGAGAAAAAUCACGUGUUGUUCAUGUUGAAGUCUUAAGAAAGCUGAGUAAGAAACUUGGACGAAGA